UCCGGGUUAGAAUAGGUCCUCAGUACCCCCUUGCUUGUCGUAAAAGGCGACUAAAUGGGGCGGUCCUUCGGAUGAGACCGUUUAAACCGAGGCCCCAUGUCACAGCAGGUGUGGCACGAUAAAGAUCCCUCCCUGCUCAAAGGCCAGAAGUGUCGAGCAUAGGCCAAAAUUUGCAGCCCUUCACCGGCAAUGGUGACGUCUCCAUAUCAGUGAAAUAUUUUGGAGAGGGACGUUAAACAGUAUUCAAUCAAUCAAUCAAUUGCAAUCUCUAACCCAUGAUUUGAAAAAAAAUCUAUCAAACAUGGAAAUAUUUACAUGAUAUACUAAUAUGAUGUGAAAAAAUUAGUUCUGCUUGUACUUCUACAUAUUUGAUCACGUUUUUCACUAAGGGUAUUUUGGCCACAUGUAAUGGAUCAAUGUUUAACAUAGCAUUACAUUUAAAUGUUAGACCUCUUAUAAAAUCUGAUAUAGAACAGCGAUAUCAUAUAGAUCCCCAUUAUUAAGUUUAAAUUUGUUCGAUCGAGACAUUGUUCUCUAUGUUCGUGUUAAAUGUGAAAUAAAAUCAGGUAAAAUCUUCAAUAGAACAGUGUGCACUAGGUGAAUGAAGUGAGCAUUGUAGCCAGUAGACCUCCUUAUGUACAGAAGUUAUUUUACACCUUGUGUCACGUAUGCUAACACGACAAAAAUGGAAUGUAACAAAGUUAAGAUUGAAAUAUAACCAAAAUGGAAGAUUCAGCUCCAUUUGAAAUUCACAACAAACUUUUAAGCGAUCUCAUCACAGAAUAUCUAGAUUCUUCAGUUAAAUCCGAUAGAGAGAGGAACUUUACCAAAUGGAAGCUGGCGUUUAGAAGCAUCAAGGAUUCUCCUUUUCAUAGAGAUUGUCCUAUUUUGUGGGACUUUUUCUUCUUGGAGGACACAAAACGUAUUGGUAUUGGGGAAUACAACGUUUUGAGACGUCUUAUGACAGACAUAGGACAUGCUGGAGACAGAAUAGGACAAGCUGAGAAUUUAAUAAGAGAGUCGUCAAAAUGUAGCCGAGGAAAACAACUUGAUUAUCCCAUUGUACUGAAGUCUCGCGCACAUGACCUUUUUUAUGGAGACAACGUGAUCAUUGAAGCCGAUGGCUUAAGGAGACCGGAGCUUGACUGGUGGAAAAUAAAGGAAUCGGAAAGACUUCCAAAAAAGCUAGAUUUACGAAUGGCAAAGUAUAGUGAAAGUACGUGUGAAGGGAAUCAAUCAACCCUUAUCUUGAAAGAUGUUACUUUUGAGGAUGCUGGACUUUAUUACAUAUGUAAUAAAACGGGAAAAAGGCAAAGUAACCAACUCCAUUUAAAAAUUAAAGGAGAACUUCCUGGUGUUUACGUGCGCACGUCAUCUUCCAACAUUCAAUUGGGAUACAAUUUCGAAAUGCGGUGUCACGUGGUCUCUAUUCCACCAGCAAAAUCAGCUUCAUGGUGGAAAUUCUCAGAAGAAAGACGGGAAGAAAUUAACACAAACUGUGAUAAAUAUGCAGAAAGUUCCUCUGACCCUCAAAAGGAACCAGUUCUAAAAAUAAAUAGGCUAGACUACGAGGAUGAAGGGACCUACUACUUAAGGGUGACAAAUGCAGUUGGGCAAGCGGAAAGUAAGCACUGUGGUGUGAAGUUUGAUGAAGACAAUUCAACAAGAACAAUCAGAUACUUUCAUCUUAUCCAACUUGGCGGAAAAUCUUUAAUACAUUUUGUUGAAAGAAAAAUUAAUUCAUCACUGAAAACUUACCUGGCCGAAAAGGAUGAAGAGCUUGGUUUCUUGUUAACCAAAUCUCAAAUGGAGCAAAUCAAAACUAUACAGAGUCCAGAAUCCUUGGAUAUUUCUGUGCUGUAUAUAAUACUAAAGAGUAUGCCUGACAUUCAAAGUCCCACCAAAGGAUGGGGCAACCUCCCUGGCGAUAACGACAUCCUACCGUCAGAUGAUGUUGAAAGAAUUCAAAUACAUUACGAAUUUAUGAUACAACAAAUGGAUUCACAUACGAUGUCAUCAUCUCUUUUUAAAGAGAAAUGGAGCCAUCUUUCUCAGGCUAUUCAAAGAUUAAGCACAUUUGUUCAAGAACGUCAAAUCGAUGAUAUUUAUUUCUCUGAACUGGACCAAAGUGCAUUGAAAAAGAGUCUUAAAUCAAUCAAAGACAAUACAGAAAGGGAUUUGAAAUCACAAUCAGAGAAAAAAAUACUCCCAGUCAUCGAAAUUCAAGGACCAGAAUUAGUGAGGUACCAUAAAACUGCUGAAAUCACCGGCACUAUUAAGUCUCCAAACGAAAUAUUACACGCUGCCUGGAAGAAAGAAAGCAGAAAUAUUGACAUAUCUACCCCAAAAUAUCGUGGAAGCAUUGAUAAUGGAACAGAUGCAAAACUCAUCAUUAAGAAAAUGGACACAGAUGAUGUUGCUAAUUAUAAUCUGAUAGUGAAAAAUGAAUCAGGAAUGACAAGAAGCAAUGCAAUAUAUCUAAGGAUUAAAGAAGGAAAGCCAAAAUGUGAAAUUUUGGGAGAAGCAUGCAGAAUGGUUUCAAUUGGAGGGUCUGAAACUUUGCAAGGAAAAGUGAAAUCAUAUCCAAAGCCAGUAACUUUACAGUGGAUUAAAAUUAGAACUUCAGCAGACAUAAAAUUAGAUAUAAAAUCUCAUAAGUACCAAGGGAGCAAAGAUCACCUACGGAAACCUACUUUAAUGAUCAACAACAUAGAUUUAAAUGACUAUGGAAUAUACAUACUAAAUGUUAAGAAUAUCAAAGGCACAGCAAACAGCAAAGAAAUUAAACUUGAUAUUGAAGAAGAAGGAAUUGGAGACUUUUCAAAUCAGGAUAAGUUAAUGGAUUAUUUGUCGAUGUAUGAAAAGCUUGGCCAAAAUGUUGAACUAUCCAAUUAUCCGGAAAUUCAAGAGAUUGUGGUAAAGACUGAUAGAUUGUUAGAAAAUUGGAAAAAUGAGACUGACUCAUGUCAACGUGAAGACGUGCUCAAGAAAUAUUUUUAUAUUGUUUGCAAAAUGAUGACAACAUAUAACAUAACAAAAGGCAGGUGCAGUCGGGGUUCCAUUAACAUUGAAUUAGAGUUUCCUAACAGGGGAAGUUUUCUGAAAUUUGAAAAAGAUGUUAAAGAAGGCGACAUGAAAGGGAAUCUGGAAGACAUUCUUCUUUUUCAACCCUUAAUGCAAAAUUUAGACUUGAGUGUGGAACCCAAUGAUUUUUUUGUAGGUUUUGGAGACGUUCAAGAAAAACAAAGCACAAAAGAUAUCGAUUUAAUACGAUUGCCAGAGAGUGACGUUUUUGCUGCGGCAAUUGAUCUUGGAAAUACAUAUUCAAGCUAUGUAUUUUCGGAAAUGAUUUCAACAAAGACCACUGCUAGUUUGAUUAAAAAGAAACACGGCCAUCUUGAGAAAAUCCCUACUGUUCUUCUGCUAGAUAAAGACCUGCAAAUUCAUUCAUUUGGACAUAAACCAAGAGAGGAGUACACACACCUUCGAGGACAAAAGGAAGCUGAAAAUCUCUUUUAUUUCGAAAACUUCAUGACUCUGAUAUAUGAAACAAGCACAAAGAGUGUGGAUAGAAACAUUCAAAUACCUGACGCGCAAGGAAGGAAUGUCAGUGCCAAAAUCAUCAUAAGCCGAUGUGCUUCGUAUAUGAUAGAACGAGCAAUAAGACAUAUUCGGGAAGAAUUCGCCCACGUUCUGCUGAGUAGCUUUAAGUUUGUCUUUACCUUGCCAACAUUUUGGUCUCUAGCAGAUGGAUUUUUCAAGGAUGCUCUAAGUGAAGUAAAUAAUGCCUUACAUUCAAUCAUUACAAGAAUUUCUUAA